CUGGCCGGAGCCAUGCCACCCUUGACAGUGCCCCGUUCGCACGCGGACUAUACUGUGGCAUGGAUCACCGCGCUAUCCCUGGAGCUAUCCGCCGGGAAGGAGAUGUUCGAUGAAAUCCACGAGCAGCUCCCCCAGCCCCCCACCGACACAAAUUCAUACAUCCUCGGCAGCGUCGCCGGGCAUAAUGUCGUAAUGGCAUGCCUACCAGCCGGUGUGAUGGGGAUAACACCGGCUGCGACUGUAGUGGCGCACCUGCGCUCCACGUUCCCCAGAAUCCAGUUCGGGCUGUUGGUUGGCAUUGGAGGGGGCGUGCCAUCUGCAGGCAAGGAUAUCCGGUUAGGCGAUAUAGUUGUCAGCCAGCCAACGGCAACUUACGGGGGAGUAGUGCAAUAUGAUUACGGGAAAGCGAUGGCUGAUGGGCACUUUCAGCAGAUGGGUGUGCUGAACAAGCCGCCUGAGAUACUCUUGACUAGCAUAUCCAGGUACCAAGCUGGUUACAGGCGUGGGGAUAAGCCGAUUUCUGCUAUCCUUGCAAAGCGAAGCAUCAGGACGAGUCAUAUGUUUGCGCACCCCGGGCAGGACCACGACCAGCUGUUUCACGCAGCGUACGCGCACAAGGGGUCUGAGGCGAGCUGCGAAGCAUGCGAUGUAAAAGGAAUUAUCCGGAGAAAACAACGAGCAUUGCCAGAAGAGCCAAUGAUACAUUACGGGCUAAUUGCGUCGGGAAACCAGGUUAUAAAAGAUGCGACAGUGCGAGAUACCCUGGCUGAACGACAUGGGAUUAUCUGCUUUGAGAUGGAAGCCGCCGGCCUAAUGAACCAUCUGCCUUGCUUGGUAGUUCGUGGUAUUUGCGACUACUCAGACUCACAUAAGAACAAGAGAUGGCAGGGAUAUGCAGCGAUGACUGCUGCAGCAUUCGCGCGACUGCUUCUGGCCUCAGUCCCUCGGUCAACUCCUAGAAUCGCAGAGACAAAUGAAUGGACCGAUGUCGAAAGACGGUGCCUGCAAAGGUUAUUUCUGACCGACCCCGAAACCGACAUAAAUGCAUUGAAGCGAAGAAAAGGAGGUCGCGCCCCUGGAACCUGCGACUGGAUCCUAGAAACAGACGAGGUGAAAGCCUGGACUGGAAAGCUGCCUGGUAGAGGCACGGAUAAGUCCAAUAUACUCUGGCUAUACGGAUACCCAGGUAUUGGAAAGUCAACAAUGGCCAUCGCACUGGCCGAAAUGCUCCCCGAAACACCGUCCUUUCGUGAAAAGAAUAAGAUACUGGUGUAUUUCUUUUGCGAUUCCAAUUCUGAAGACCGGCGGACUGCGACUGGAGUCUUGCGCGGUCUGCUCUAUCAAAUCUCCCACAACAGUCGGAAGCUUAUGAGACCGCUCAGAAUGAGGUAUGAUAUCCAGGGAGACAAACUGUUCAGCUCGUUUGACGCGUUAUGGGACCUCCUCAUGGAAAUCGGACAAGAGCAUGCCGGGGAAAUAUACUGCAUUAUCGAUGCUCUAGAUGAAUGUGACAGUACAGCUCAGGAGACUUUACUUUCCCAAAUAAGCGACAGCUUCUUAUCAAAGAAGAGUACUCCAGGAAUACACUUUCUGAUCACCAGCCGGCCGUACGAGGAAAUCAGGAGAUACCUCGAUGAUUUCCCCCGGCAUGAUCUAGGCGCCUAUGACAAGGUACAGGGGGAUCUUGAUGUGAUCAUUCAUCAAAAGGUGAACCAACUAGCACGAAAGAAGAACUAUCCUCGGAGUCUAAAGGACGAGGCCAUUUCCAUUCUGAAACAAAAAGCAGAAGGGACGUUUCUGUGGGUGGGAAUAGCAUGCGAUGAAUUGAUGCGCGUCAGGUUACGAGAUGUAGUCAAAACGCUGCAAGAACUGCCGCGCUCGCUGGACUCUUUAUACCGCAGCCUUCUGAACAGAGCCAUAGAGCAGAACGAGGACAGCCAAGAUACAAUUAUUCGUAUCCUGGGCGUCGUUGCAACUGCUCGUCGACCACUCACCAUACUGGAGCUGCUGGAGGCCUGUCAGCUCUAUACAGACAUGGGCCUGGAGGAGAGACUCGCAUAUGUCCAAGAGGAUAUCACAAUGUGUCGACUGCUGGUCGUCGUGCAAGGGUCAAUAGUCUCGCUGCUGCAUAAGUCUCUCAAGGACUUCUUGACCAGUUCCGAGCACCACCUGGUCGUGGAUGAGAGAAAUGCGCACGCCAGUUUUGCACAUUCCUGCAUCGACCGUCUCCUUGAAGCAUCCAGGUCAGGCGAGUUACAGGCGAGUGACACAGCCCACUCAACAUUCCUGCAAUAUUCCGCCGAAAACUGGCCCGUCCAUGCGCAUUUAUCAAAAGACCGCUUCAACAUCCUAGACCGCCACAGGCCCUUUUUUGAAUUCAGGUCUGGGGUACGAGAGCAGUGGCUUGAAUAUAUCCGAUUUCCGAAAAGGCGCCCAAAUUACGCUAAAGUUCCUUACAACAUGUCGAUUUUCCAUAUUGCUGCUCGCUGGGGGAUUCCGUGCUUGAUUCACCACGCACUCCCACAGCAAGGAAAUUACAAUAUCAAUGCAUUAUAUUCCGGAGGGCGGACACCGCUAGAGGAGAGCGCUCUCGCCGGCCAUGCCGAUGUAUUCCAGCUUCUACUUGAGGAAACGCAUGGGAGGAUCAUGAAAGAGGCAGCCGUGGUACAGGCAGCAGUAGGGAACAAGCAGGCUGGAAAGCAAAUGAUAGAGCUUCUCCUUGAUCGAGGGGAAUGCGAGAUCCAGAUUACGCAGGCACUUACACAGGCAGUCCGCAACGGCAGUAUGGAGACCGUUGAAUUCCUGGUCCAGCGGGUGGGAAAUAGAUUGCCCGUUACUGGUAAUGAAAUCCGGGAGCUGGCGCAGAAUAGACAGAAUGGUCCGGCGAUUCUCGAUCUAUUCUUCAAUAGACUGGCAAUAUCUUCUCUGCCAGAAAACGUGCUUGAAACUGUGGCGAUGCAUGGUAAUGCCGCUUUAAUGACUGUUCUACUGGACCGACUGGGGGGUAGGGUUUCACUCUCACCUAGUAUUGCUUCGGCUGCUGUUUCGAACAUGGAAUAUGGCCUUGAGAUGCUGAAGCUUCUCCUCGCUCGAUUUGGGGAUAGGCUUCCGAUUACACCAGACAUCAAUCUCUUCGGCCAUUGGAGUGCGAGGGUAGAGAUAUGGCACCAUAGAGAAGAUCUCAUUGACGAGUACAAAGAGCUGCUACGUCUUGUCCUCGAUCGACUUGGCAGUAAGCUUCCAGUAUUAGAUGCGCUGCUGGCCAACCUGAUACGAUCCCAUUCAAGUCUCGGUGGCGAGGUCCUGCUGGUCCUGUUGGAAAGUCGACCAGAGGAAUUUCCCAUUACUCAGGACUUUCUUGAAGCGGCAGCCAAUACGGGCCAUGAAGGCUUGCUGAAGCUCGUGCUGAAUAGAGAAAUAACAGACCUCCUUAACGAGAGUAUACUUUCCAUCCUCGCGCGGCGAGGAACAGAGAGACUGAUGCAAUCAUUGCUUGAGCGCCUUGGAGACGAUUCUCUAAUCACUGAGAGCGUCAUCGAAAACGCAGCCUUGAAUGAGGGGCGUAAUGGACUGUCAAUACUAAGGCUCCUUUGCGCACGUCUGGGCGAUAGGAUCCCAAUCACCGAAGGAGCUCUCAGGCGGGUGGUGUCGAACAAGGGACUCGGGCUGAUUAUGUUGGACCUUUUGCUUGAUCAGUUGCAAGACAACCUUCCAGUAACAGAGAAUACCUUCAACACUGCUGCAUACAACAAGGCCAUUGGACCGGAAAUUAUCAACCGGCUCGUGCGUCGUUUCGGAGACAGGAUUCCCUGCUCAGUAGUGGUGCUUGGAACCGCAGUCAAAGGAAAGGACAGUGGAGUGGCGGUGAUACAGGCACUACUCUCACAUGUCAAAAGGGGAGUGGUAGAUAUAGACGACUUGUUGAUCAAUGUUGCUUCAGCGGGAUGUGCUGGACUGAUGAUGCAAGCCCUAAACGAUUACGGAGGCCCAGUUACCGUCACUGAAGACGUCCUCGUGGCAGCCGCACAAAGUCAAGAUAAAGCGACGAUGCAGUUUCUUCUUGGCUAUACAGGCAGGGUCACCUUAAAUGAGCAAAUACUUCGAGCCGCAACUGGGGAUAUCAAGAAAGGGAACCAAAUGCUCCAGCUGCUUCUCACCCAUCCUGCUUGUGAGAUCCAGAUGUCGCAGGAGCUACUGCACACAAUAAUAUACUCGACAUCGAGCGAGGAAGUCAGCGCCUUGCUUCUAUCGUCUUAUAAAGGGGAUCUACCUGUCACAGAGGGUCUUUUCAAGGCCACGCUGGACCACGGGAGCCAUCGAUUACUGCAGCGAGUGCUUGACCUAAAUAACCACCAGCCAAUACCGCAAGAAGUCCUCGAACAAUUAGUCCGAAGUAACUUCGGAACGAGAAAACUUUCCUUACUCCUCGACAGAAGCAGUAGCCUCAAGUUCACCGAAGUGGUCGUCGAAGCUGCAGCCAGGAAUUACUAUUCUGGCAGAGAGAACAUCACCAUUCUCCUGGACCGGCUGGAUACGGAUGACCUGCCCAUAACAACACCGGCCUUGUCCUCGCUGCUGAAGAAUUCUCAGGGAGACUUCAGUCUGAGCUUACUGCUGUUCGAGCGGCUACGAGGGAAGAUCCAUUUCACGCCGGAGCUUAUCACGGCUGUAGCUGCGUAUGGCGAUGCUCAGCUGGUAUCCAUGCUUGAUUACCAGUACGCGCAUAUGCACAUUACCGAAGACGUCCUGCAAGCAGCCGCAGGAAAUGGCAACCAUGGCGAAGAUGUUCUCAAGUGUCUGUUUGCAUUGAGCGGGGCCAAGGUCCGUCUUACAGAGGCGAUUCUAGAGGCUGCAGCAGGCAAUUACAACACGGGUGUCCUUUUAUUUUGUCUUGAACAUUGCCAGGACGACACUUUAAUCACCCCAGAAGUACUCGCAGCUGCGGCUCAGACCACAUCUGUGGCAGUGGAAGCUCUUUUCAGUCGUCAAAUCAAGGACAGCAUCAUUACAGAAGAAGUGGUGAUCUCUGCGCUACAGAACUACGGCCAGGGUGAGCAAAUCGUCAAACUGCUACACAGGCGACUUGGCGGGCAAAUGCCAAUUACAGAGAGGGUACUCAGAGCUGCAGCCUUUUCAUACCGUCAUGCUGCUAGGCUUACUGGUCAACUAUUGCAAUGGGCAGGCGAUGACACUCUCGUGACGGAGAGUGUAGUCAAAUCGGCAGUGAGCAACCGCAUGUCGGGCCAUGAAGUACUAAAGCUGCUGUUUGGUCUCAUGGGAGCCCGGGUGCCUAUAACUGAGGAGGUGCUCCAGACCGCAGCUAGUAAUUUCGAAGACGGAUAUAGGGUGCUGAAGCUCAUUCUGGAGCAACGACCAGACACCCAUAUCACGCAACAAGUAUUAGCCAAGGUUAUAGCCAGCAACAGAGACACUGCAAUAAUACAACUUCUACUUGAGAAACGUGGCCCUGAUGCGCCAUUCACCGACAAGGUACUCUUGUCCGCCAUCGGCAAUACCUCCCACGGCUACGCCAUUAUGCGCCUCCUGAUCAAGAAGAGGAAGCAAAACGUGCAUGACUGCCUAUCCGACAGACUCCUCUCGACGAUUGCAGCGUCUGGAAACUACAGGAUCCUGAGACUCUUCGAAAGGACCUUCUCGGUUGUAAUCAAGGACGAAUGGCUGCAGCUCGCCCGGUUGUACCGCGCCGCCAGCGAGAGCAACAGCCCAGUCCUCGACGAGCUCGUCUCACAGGGCAUCCCAUUGGAUACAAGGAACGCCCGCGGCGAGACUCCCCUCUGGAGGGCUGCAAGCAGGAACCACCAAUCUGUCAUCCGCACGUUACUGAAGACUGGACUGGUCGAUGUUAAUGCGGUUUCCGACUCUGGGGACUCGCCUCUCAUUAGUGCAGCGCGCGCUGGGUAUACGAGUGCUGUUUGCCUUUUGCUAGAAGCUGGUGCAUUUCCGGAUGUUGCGAAUGAAAAUGGCAAUACGGCGUAUUCGAUGGCGGAGAUGAGGUCUUUCUUUGGGACUAUGAAAGCGCUUGAACGGCAUCUGGACUGCAGUACAUAGAAUUAGCUAUCUAUAAUUAUAUACUACUGGCAUUACGAUAUUUCUAGAGUAAUGGAUAUAUACAGAC